AGAUUUUGACAAGUCUCAAUAUUAGCCAAGAAAAGCAGAAGGUUGCCGAAGGAGGAAACAUUAAUUAGCAUACAUUUCGUGAUAAUCACAGUCCAAGUUAACGUAAUCAACGGUGUCCGUGGAUGGUGAAAAAUGUCGUUCAAAAAAGAUCUUUUGCUACUCCUAAAACCCUACUAUUGGGUCAACAUUCUGAUGAGCAUUUCGUACAUCGUCGCAAAACGAGCUCCGUUCAUAUGUAACUAUUUAUGGACUUAUCUGUUUCAACAAGAGGACCAGUGCGAACUCGAUGGGCGCGAAACCGAAAUCCUGUUCUUCCUGCUAAUCGUGGUCAUGAUCCGGACGAGGAAAACGGGCAGUGUGACAAUGAUUAACUACCUAACGUCCAGCUUCAUGUACACCAAAAUAGCGAACCUGGGCCUGUGGUUCUACAACGACAUCCGUCUCGGUAUGAUCUACUUCGUGUUUUUCAUAUUGGUAGCUCUUCUCUUGCCAGAACCGACCUACACCGGACCGGAAAAUGUGCUGUACUUCCGCACUGAGAAUGGGCUGCAGGAGGAGCUCGAAAAGGACAAGCGCGUUACGUGGUUGGUAACGUUCUACACGGUAUGGAAUCCUGCCUGCGUGAAUUUUGCCCCGAUAUUUUCGGAACUCUCGAAUGAAUAUGCACUGCCCAACAUGAAAUUUGGCAAGCUAGAUGUCGGACGGUUCCCAAAGAUUGGCGAAAAGUAUCACAUUUCCGAUAGUUCCUUCAGCCGUCAAUUACCCACCGUGAUCCUGUUCCGCCAGGGCAAGGAGGUCGCUCGUCGGCCGUAUGCAGAUAGUAAAGGCAAGCUGGUCAAGUUCUUCUUUUCUGCUGACAACGUAAAAGCUGCAUUUGAUUUGAACAAUCUGUACAAGGAAUGUAAAGAUAACCCCAUCAAGGCAAUCAAAUCGAUAGCGGAGAAGAAGAAGGAUUAAUACGGCGUAAAGCUAGAGGCCACCACUGCAUUCAUACUGCAAGUAACAUUUAGAAGCAUUUCAAUAAGACAGGGCUCUGAUAGGGAUUAUCUUAUCGGCAUUGCCAUCUUCAUUUGACCGAUGACAGCUAAUUAAUUUCUAUAGAAAGCCACACGCGUGUUGCGCACUACUGUUAAGAAUUAUUUAUCCUUCGAAUA